AGCUUGAUUCUGCGGUCAGCUGACCAUUUUAUUGUUUAUUUGGACAUGUGCUUAGGAUCACCGUCCUGCUGGAAGAUCCAAUGAAGGCCCAGUUUUUGUUUCCUGGCAGCAGCAGCCAAAUUUUGAUAUAAAAUGUCCUGGUAUCUCAUGGACCCCAUAGUGCCAUGUACCCUAACAAGGUUUCCAGGGUUUUUGGAGGAAAAUCAGGAACCUCCACCAUAUCUUACAGUUGGGAUAAGGUUCAUUUCAUUAUAACCAUCCUUCUUUUUACGCUAAAUCCACCUUUAAUGUUUAUUGCCACAAAAGCAUUUUUGUUUAAUCAGGUAGUUGAAUUUGAUUCCAGUCAAUGUUGUAUAAUGUUUUGAAAACUCCUGGCACUAACAUUUUAAGUAACUCACAGAAAAAGCUUCUUUCUGUCAUACCUUUCAAAACGUCCAUACCUCAAUCCCCUCAUAAGUAUGUCUGCUAGGUGGAGUCGAAGGUGCAGUAUAAUCCUGUUAUAAUGGACUCGCUUGUAACGGAAUAUCGUCUAUAACAGACGAGGACCUUUAAUUACAUGCAGAAAAAGCAUCGGAUAUAGCGGACUCGCAUAUAAUGCAGUGUGUGUGAGAGUGUCUGUGGCAGGGUACGUGUGUGUGAGAGUGUCUGUGGCAGGGUACAUGUGUGUGAGAGUGUCUGUGACAGGGUACGUAUGUGUGAGAGUGUCUGUGACAGGGUACGUGUGUGUGAGACUGUCUGCGGCAGGGUACGUGUGUGUGAGAGUGUCUGCGACAGGGUACGUGUGUGUGAGAGUGUCUGCGGCAGGGUACGUGUGUUUGAGAGUGUCUGCGGCAGGGUACGUGUGUUUGAGAGUGUCUGUGACAGGGUACGUGUGUGUUAGAGUGUCUGUGACAGGGUACGUGUGUGUGAGAGUGGCUGCGACAGGGUACCUGUGUGUGAGAGUGUCUGCGGCAGGGUACGUGUGUUUGAGAGUGUCUGCGGCAGGGUACGUGUGUGUGAGAGUGUCUGCGGCAGGGUACGUGUGUGUGAGAGUGUCUGCGGCAGGGUACAUGUGUGUGAGAGUGUCUGUGACAGUGUACGUGUGUGUGAGAGUGUCUGUGAUAGUGUAUGUGUGUGUGAGAGUGUCUGUGGCAGGAUACGUGUGUGUGAGAGUGUCUGUGGCAGGGUACGUGUGUGUGAGAGUGUCUGUGAUAGUGUAUGUGUGUGUGAGAGUGUCUGUGGCAGGGUACGUGUGUGUGAGAGUGUCUGUGCCAGGGUACGUGUGUGUGAGAGUGUCUGUGACAGGGUACGUGUGUAUGAGAGUGUCUGUGACAGGGUACGUGUGUAUGAGAGUGUCUGUGGCAGGGUACAUGUGUGUGAGAGUGUCUGCGGCAGAGUACGUGUGUGUGAGAGUGUCUGUGACAGGGUAUGUGUGUGUUAGAGUGUCUGUGACAGGGUACGCGUGUGUGAGAGUGUCUGUGGCAGGGUACGUGUGUGUGAGCGUGUCUGUGACAGUGUACGCGUGUGUGAGAGUGUCUGCGGCAGGGUAUGUGUGUGUUAGUGUGUCUGUGGAAGGGUUCGUGUGUGUGAGAGUGUCUGCGGCAGGAUACGCGUGUAUGAGAGUGUCUGCGGCAGGAUAUGUGUGUGAGUGUCUGUGACAGUGUACGUGUGUGCGAGAGUGUCUGCGGCAGGAUACGUGUGUGUGAGAGUGUCUGCAGCAGGAUACGCGUCUAUGAGAGUGUCUGCGGCAGGGUACGUGUGUUUGAGAGUGUCUGCGGCAGGGUACGUGUGUUUGAGAGUGUCUGCGACAGGGUACGUGUGUGUGAGAGUGUCUGUGACAGGGUACGUGUGUGUGAGAGUGUCUGCGACAGGGUACGUGUGUGUGAGAGUGUCUGCGGCAGGGUACGUGUGUUUGAGAGUGUCUGCGGCAGGGUACGUGUGUGUGAGAGUGUCUGCGGCAGGGUACGUGUGUGUGAGAGUGUCUGUGACAGUGUACGUGUGUGUGAGAGUGUCUGUGAUAGUGUAUGUGUGUGUGAGAGUGUCUGUGGCAGGAUACGUGUGUGUGAGAGUGUCUGCGGCAGGGUACGUGUGUGUGAGAGUGUCUGUGACAGUGUACGUGUGUGUGAGAUUGUCUGUGAUAGUGUAUGUGUGUGUGAGAGUGUCUGUGGCAGGAUACGUGUGUGUGAGAGUGUCUGUGGCAGGGUACGUGUGUGUGAGAGUGUCUGUGAUAGUGUAUGUGUGUGUGAGAGUGUCUGUGGCAGGGUACGUGUGUGUGAGAGUGUCUGUGCCAGGGUACGUGUGUGUGAGAGUGUCUGUGACAGGGUACGUGUGUAUGAGAGUGUCUGUGACAGGGUACGUAUGUAUGAGAGUGUCUGUGGCAGGGUACAUGUGUGUGAGAGUGUCUGCGGCAGAGUACGUGUGUGUGAGAGUGUCUGUGACAGGGUAUGUGUGUGUUAGAGUGUCUGUGACAGUGUACGCGUGUGUGAGAGUGUCUGCGGCAGGGUAUGUGUGUGUUAGUGUGUCUGUGGAAGGGUACGUGUGUGUGAGAGUGUCUGCGGCAGGAUAUGUGUGUGAGUGUCUGUGACGGUAAGUGUGUGUGAGAGUGUCUGUGACAGUGUACGCGUGUGUGAGAGUGUCUGUGACAGUGUACGCGUGUGCGAGAGUGUCUGCGGCAGGAUACGUGUGUGCGAGAGUGUCUGUGGCAGGGUACGUAUGUGUGAGAGUGUCUGAGGCAGGGUACGUGUGUGUGAGAGUGUCUGCGACAGGAUACGUGUGUGUGAGAGUGUCUGAGGCAGGGUACGUGUGUGUGAGAGUGUCUGCGACAGGAUACGUGUGUGUGAGAGUGUCUGUGACAGGGUAUCUGUCUGUGAGAGUGUCUGCGACACCCCACCCCCAGUGCACUAGGUGACCUGCCCCACCCAGAGGCACAGGUGAAAAGAACCACUACCCCAAAGUAGAGGCUAGUUGAAGUGGCAGGAAUGGGGGGGCGAAUGAAGUCAGUAUUUAAUGUGAGGAGUCGUAGAGGGGAGAGGAAAAGAAAAGGAGAUAAAUGCAAAAAAGUAAAAAACGAAGGAUUCUAUUUAUAUAUGAUGAUUGUGGAUGAUUGGAGCCGUAAUUGCCAAAAAGAAAUUAGUAAAUAAAAAAUUAUCACACAUAUACACGCUUGUCCUGUGGGCCAAGACUCAUUUGAAAUGGACUGUUUCAAAGAGGGAAAGUGUUCUAUGGUCAGACGAGUCCAAAUGUGACAUUCUUGUUGAUAAUGAAGGGCGCCGUGUCCUCCGGGCUAAAGAGGAGGGAGACCUUCCAGCGUGUUAUCAGCGUUCAGUUCAAAAGCCAGCAUCUCUGAUGGUAUGGGGGUGCAUAAGUGCAUACGGUAUGGGCAGCUUGCAUGUUUUGGAAGGAACUAUGAAUGCUGAAAGGUAUAUAAAGGUUUUAGAGCAACACAUGCUCCCCUCCAGAGGACGUCUGUUUCAGGGAAGGCCUUGUGUAUUUCAGCAGGACAAUGCAAAACCACAUACUGCAGCUAUUACAAGCACAUGGCUUCGUCGGAGAAGAGUCCGGGUGCUGAAUUGGCCUGUCUGCAGUCCAGAUCUUUCACCUAUAGAGAACAUACAGUAAUUAUCUGUGACACCCAUGGUGCACUGUGAGCAGGUAUACAGGCCCACAGAGCAUGCAGAUAAUUAUCUGUGACACCCACGGUGCACUGUGAGCAGGUAUACAGGCCAACAGAGCAUGCAGAUAAUUACCUGUGACACCCACGGUGCACUGUGAGCAGGUAUACAGGCCCACAGAGCAUGCAGAUAAUUAUCUGUGACACCCAAGGUGCACUGUGAGCAGGUAUACAGGCCAACAGAGCAUGCAGAUAAUUACCUGUGACACCCAUUGUACACUGUGAGCAGGUAUACAGGCCCACAGAGCAUGCAGAUAAUUAUCUGUGACACCCAAGGUGCACUGUGAGCAGGUAUACAGGCCCACAGAGCAUGCAGAUAAUUAUCUGUGACACCCAAGGUGCACUGUGAGCAGGUAUACAGGCCCACAGAGCAUGCAGAUAAUUAUCUGUGACACCCAAGGUGCACUGUGAGCAGGUAUACAGGCCCACAGAGCAUGCAGAUAAUUAUCUGUGACACCCAAGGUGCACUGUGAGCAGGUAUACAGGCCCACAGAGCAUGCAGAUAAUUAUCUGUGACACCCAUGGUGCACUGUGAGCAGGUAUACAGGCCAACAGAGCAUGCAGAUAAUUACCUGUGACACCCAUUGUACACUGUGAACAGAUAUACAGGCCCACAGAGCAUGCAGAUAAUUAUCUGUGACACCCCUUGUACACUGUGAGCAGGUAUACAGGCCCACAGAGUAUGCAGAUAAUUAUCUGUGACACCCCUUGUACACUGUGAGCAGGUAUCAGUACUGACUACUUUUUAUAUUGAGUCACAUGUUUUAUGUGAAUUACUUUGUACUGAACUGAAGGCCAGUAUUUGUCACUGUGAAUAUGUUGUUGCAGACGUCCAUCCAGAAAUCAGAGCUGGGGGAAAAGAUAAGGUCCUUAUUCCAAUUAAUUUUUGGUACAAAUAUCAAUGUGUCUGUCGCAGAUGGAGGAUUAUAUAUUCUAGAGGUUUCUUUUUAUUUUUAAGUUGCAGAAUGUUGUCUCAUCUGAGGAGGAUUCAGUGUAUUAUGUGUGAGGUUCAUUUUGGUUUUGAUGCUGGAUUCAGUUAGUAAAUAUUAGAAAAAUUGCAUAUUCUCAACUCGUAUUUAUGGAUUAAGUCUUCGAAUGUCAUGAAAUGACUGUUACUGAAAAGGAGGUGGAGAUGUGUAAUCCCUUUCUGUCCCCGUGAGUGAUAGUGAAUAGUGAUAUUGUGAAGUAGGAAGUCCAGAUUAUUCCAGAUUGGCGUGUAUUUACAGGGUCUGAGAGUACAGUUAGUGAUUUUAAUGGCUUUCCUCUGUGCUGUCAGUGUUGUGGAAAUGGCAGCACUGUGUUGUUAAAGCAGUUUUGUUUCUUUAAUGAAAUUUUGAGUAAGUCUGCAUGUCUGAGAUUUUUACAGUACAGCUGCUCCUGCUGUAACCAUGAGCUGCUGUUACUGCUGUAGUGUGACCAUUUAGUUAAGUCUUGCAGUUGAUUUGCUAAGUAAUAAUUAAGAAAAAUGAGCUUGUAAUCCAACUUGAGAUUUACUUUUCUGUAAUGUGGAAUGUUUGAUUUUGAGUUUUUGUUUUUCCAGCAAAAAUGUGACAUUAAUGAGUUUGAAAGAAUUUUUCUGAAUUUAUUCUGGACGAGUAAUUUUAUUUUUAUUGAUUGAAGUGGGAGACUCAUCUAUUGUUUUGAAUAAGGGGGUGUAGUUGAGAGUAACCAAGUCAGACAGCCUGUGGGAGAUGUAGAUACCCAAGUACCGGAUAUUUCCAGUGUGAAAUGGACCAUCCUGAUCGGCUGAAUCCCAGGCAUCUUCAGACAAUGGCAAACAGUGAAGGAGAGAGUGGGCAUGCAGGCCGUCUUCCCCGUCGGAGUGUGAAUGCAGGUGAUGUCAUCCCAUCUGUGACACUGUAGCUUUGGCUGAGGUGUACAGUAUUUUAACCCAGUGGGUGAACGACUCUCCGAAGCCAAAUCUAUGCAAUGUAUUAAAGAGGAAUGUCCACCUGACUGUCAGAUGCCGUUUCUGCAUCUAAUGAUGUAAUCAUGGUUUUAGUAUGGGUAUGCUGAGCAGUACUGACUAAAUUAAAUAAUCUAUAGAUGUUGUCCGAGGCAUGUCUGGUCUUGAUGAAAUCUGUCUGAUCAGGAUGGAUUAUAGUAGGAAUGACUGUCUGUAACUGAGUGGCGAGAGCUUUUGUAAUGAUUUUCAAGUUAUUCAUUAAUGAGAGUGGCGGGUAACUGGAGGGUUGUGUUGGGUCUUUAUCAGGUCUCAAUAACACUGUAAUGGCCGGUAACUGGAGGGCUGUGUUUGGUCUUUAUCAGGUUUCAAUAACACUGUAAUGGCCUAUACAUUUCUGCAGGGUAACCAUCCGGUCUGGCGAUUGGUUGUUAGGCAUUUGGUUGAGGACCUUAUGGAGUUCUUCUGAUGUUAAUGGUGCAUCAAGCAGAGGUGGAGAUUUCAGGUCCAGGGAGUACAAAUCCAGACCAAGAUUUUGUUUCAACAAACCAGUUGAGUCUCUGUGAUUGUGACUCUUUAUAUUCAUCU